AAAUCAUAUAAAAUCCGAUACUCUGGCUGUUACGAAAAAGUGAUUUCGGGGGAAGUCCUUUUUUCUUGGUCAGCAAAUAUUUUAAAAUAGGAUUUGGAUAAAUUUAUUAAUUUCGCCAAAAAAUAGCUGCGAAAUAAAGUUGUUGUAAACCAUGCGAUGCAAGAAGCGUCCACUCUAACCGAUUUGCACAACAACCCGGGAAACAACGAAAACAGAUUAAUCUCAGAAAUUUCAAACAAAAUCCCAAAGUACAAGUUAAGAGCGGAUUCUGUGAAUGGAUAUGCAAAUGCAGAUUGGUUAGAGUGUCCCGUCUUACCCCCAGAUGUGGAUGUGGAUUUAUCCUAUGAACAGUGCAAGGAAAUAUUUAAAUUAUUCUGUGAGUUAACAAGUAGAAUUGUUGGCUUUGAAUCAUUCAUUGUGAUGUCAUAGUUGCGCAUGUUUGUAAUAAUCAUGUGAUAAUUUGUGCAUUAUUUAUAUGCAUGUUGUAGUAAUUGUUUAAUCUUGUAAAUGCUAGAAAUUUAUUUGUUGCAAGGUACGCUGUAGUGUAAACGCCGCUUAAAAAACAAACAAAGAAAUAUCUAUGCUGACCUGCACUGAACAACGCUGGGUGUAGAUAUUUCUUUGUUUGCUCUUACACCAGGUAGACAAGUACCCAAGCAUAACAAAUCAACCGUAUCACAAUAUGCUUAGAUUAUGUUAUCUAUAAAACACACCAUUUGUUUAGAAGUGUUUAAAAUUCUUGAGAAACUUAAUCCAAAGUAUUCACACCUUGAACUUUAAUCCUUUAUUUCCAGCAUUUGUGUUAUUAUUGCAGUUUCCACUUCUAUUUAGUGUUAAUUAUACUUAACACCAAUCAAACUGUUAGUUUUCACACGUUGUACAACAUAUAAGACAAUGCUUCAUUGUCUAUGUCAUAUGAUGUCAUAGUAAGGUCUGUUUAUGCAGUAAUACUUUUUGUUAAUCUAUUGUGACAUUUUAAUGGUCUAGAGCAGCGGACUGGUUUUAUAAAUCAAGUGUUUAGAAAGAUUUUUGUUUUUUCCGAUAUAGUUUGAAGAAACUUUGAACUGGUAGCAGCAGUAGUAGAGUAAAAGUACGGUUAGGUUUUUGUGAACCGAUGUUUUAUAUGCAAUUUCUCAUCUCUUUCCCAUCUCUUUUAACAUUAAUAUAACAAACAUUACGUUAUACUUAGCAGCAAAUGCAGCAAAACAGUUUUAUAUUUCUUAACUUUUCAAACUGCCUUACGAAUAUUUUGAUAGUUUUUUUCAAUUUAAUUUGAAAUGUUCAAUAUUACAUUAUGCCUUGUAGCAGCAAAACACCAGAACAGUUUUAUAUUUCUUGCUUUUCUAAAGGGUUUAGAAAACUUUUUUGUUUAUUUUCUUUCGAUAGAAUUUUAAAUGUUUCACCCCAAUAACCCAUUUGGGACUCCCAUCAAGCACUGCGGGGGAAGGGGUCAUUUAUCGGGGAUUCCCCGGCAUAUGUUCAGUACCCCUAUGGAUGUAAAGAAGAGGGGUUACCCCCAAGAAGAUACCCGGGAUAGAGAUCUCGAAAACCAAGUUGAAGUUGAUGUUUCUUUUCGUUCAAAUAAUCAGCUCGAUUUCAACGUAAAUAACGAGGUUCUCGACAAUCAAUUUGCUUCAAGCUUUGAAAGAGUACUCAGCAGUGAGCGUGUAAGCAAAAUGACGAAGACUUACCACGAUAUAGACGCCGUAUUCAGCUUGUUAGAAGAGAAAGAAAAGGACUUGGAACUUGCGGCAAGGAUCGGUCAAGCUUUGCUGCUUAGGAACAAGAAUGCUGUUCAAGAGAAAGAGAUUUUAGAGGAGAGGCUUGCUAUUGCUGUGGAAGAGGCGUCCCAGUUAAAGCACGAGAUAAGCAUGAAACAAGACCUCCUUCAUGCUUAUGCUGAUAAUGAGUCUGAUACUAGUAGUACUGCUUCUCCUAUUAAAGAAUACAAAUUAUUUGGCCGUACCCACUUGCAACUUGAUGUAGAUACUUUACAUGAUCGAAUUAAAGAACUUGAGUGCGAUAAUGCUGAACUUCAAUUGGAGAAAUCAGCCAUGCAUGACCACUCAGCCAAUCAGGGAGAAGUAGUGACGGAUACUGUUAAACAGCUUGGUAUACUACAAGAAGAUUUAAAAUCUGCGAAUGAACAAAUCUGUAUUAUGACUGAGCAAUUAUCAGCACGUACAGAAGACAUGACUCGGCAAGAAAUAAGGAUUACUCAGCUUUUAUCUCAAAUAUCCCAACUACAAGAUAAACAUAAACAGCUCUCCAGCGAGCAUGAGGAACUGCAGCAUCAUCUUUACUCAGCAAAUAAAUCACAAGCGGAACUCACGCAAGAGGUCCACGCCCUCGAAGAGCGAUACCAAGAAGUCUGUCACCUCCUGGAUCAAACAAACGAGGAGAGCCGUCUGCGGGAGACGAGUCUUUGCUCCGAGGAUCUUGACUUUACAUCCGGGAUCCACAUCCCGUUCCGUAACUCAUUGGCGGCUGAGUUGGAGAGCAGUGGGGUGUGUUUAGAUGGAAACUCCAUGUUCCAUGUAUCAGGGAUGGAAAAUAAAAGGCAGAGCCACAACACACUUGAUGACCAGAAGAAAGUUUUUGAAACUGCAAGGAUUGCAAAUAAUAUUGGAAACCAUCAUAGUCCAACUCAUAAGUCGAAACCAUUGUCAUUAAACUACAGCACUUCGCCCACACCUUUGAACCUUCACUUACAAAAAGAAGGGUUUGUCCCCAGCACCCCCUCUUCUGGUUUAACUACACCAAACAUGGGCAAACCUGGCAUUCCUGGAACAGAUGACUUGGAACGCGCAAUACGUAAACUAACUGUUCGACACGACGCCAAUAACUCGGUGUUGAGCACCUCUAGUGAGUUAUUCUCGGACAUUGACUUCGACCACCUCCUACCCUCUGAUGUACGAACAAGCUCAUCAUGUGACUUCAUGAGGAAAUGCCAGUCAGCUCCAAGGUUAAGGAUUGUUAAGCCUUUGGAAGGUUCCAGCACCUUACACCAGUGGAAGUCACUUGCAGAGCGAAACACCCAUCCACUAAACCUUGAUGAAGAUUGCAUCACCCAAGGUGUUAUGAUGCGGGGGGCAAGACCCAAGUCAUGCUCGUUUAAUUCUUCAACUUCUGAUCACCCAUCUGGUCGAAAUAUUCAACAAAAAUCCGAAGUUGAAACGACCGAUUACUUGCCUGGUGCUAUUCCAAAGAAAAGUAUAUUAAAAGCUGGCAGUGCUCCUUCUUCUUCAAAUAAAUUCCUCAAAAACUUUGGUUCUAGAAAAUCUUCGCCAUUGUCUAUUCCUAUUAAGAAAAGCAAAGAUCCUUCAAAUCUACGAUACCUAGGGUUGGAAAGUCAUGAUGGUGGUCCUAACUUGGGGGAAUCACCCAUGUUUCGCACGGUUAAAAGCAGUCCCCACUUGGUGGGGUUAGCCGCAGCCCUUCUUCCACCCGCUGGGUUACGACGUACCACCCUUGGAUUCAGCGGUUCAUUCGCCUCCACGGGACUUGAACCCAGUACUAUUGGUUUCCGAACCCAACCUGGCCAAACCAACAUAGGAACUGACUGGGCAGACUUGCAUGGAACUAACCUGAAGUAAAACUUCAAGCAUCUCAUAUUUUAAGUUUAUUUAUUUCAUUCAAAGACAUCAAAAACACACACUGGCAGACUUUAUUUCUGAAUUAAACUUUUUUAAAAACAUAUUUACAUUUUUUGCUGCAAAAAUCCUAAUUGUAAAUUUUCUGCUAACCCAAUCAAAUUGGUUCAUGUUUGUGAUGUCAUAACGGCCAAUGAAAAGUUCCAGAACUGCUGUAUUAUGAUGUCAUAACCGCUUAUGAUAAUAUUCCUUAUGUAGCAAUCUGUGCUGAAAACUGCCCAAUUUUACCAAGUGUUAUUCAAAUGCAUUGUGCAAUUAGUUGUGUUUUACCAGGCAGUGUGUCUGGUUGUAUUCGUUUUUUUCCGUUUCUAAUUUUAUUUUAUUACCAAUGGUAGGUACUUGUUCGCAUGUGAAUGAAUAAAGUUUGGAUGUUAAA